CGACGAUCUCAAUGAAGCAUCGGACAGAUUGGCGAUACCCUGAUAUACGGAUUAUGGAGACUGCUUGGGCAACAAUAGAGCCAAUCACCAUGGAUUGACAGUCUUCGCCAUGGAUUUCUCUUCACCGCCGUCCUUUCCCUCCUCAUUCGAUCCCGCCGUUCAUCUCCAUUCAGAAGCAAACGACCCUCUACCAGCAAUUGUACAUCCAUCCAGCGAAGCCGACCGUCUCGAGGCCAUCCAACUUCAACGUGAGGAGGCGGCAGCACAGAAAUCUCGCCAAGGAAUCGUCAUUCAGCACCGGGCCUGGAAAUUAAAAGACGUGUUUAGGAGCGAGGACGACUACCUGCCAGAUACACCCAUAAAGAAAAGACUUCGGCUUGAUAACCCACUGCCAUUUCUUUCAUCUUCGUUGGAUACGCCUCCGCCUUCCUCUCCGCGACAAGCCAACAUGGCAUUAAUAUCUUCUCCAGUUGCUUUCCCUCCAAGCUCUUCGCCCCCUCCGCAGCAUCACAGACAUGUGACCCAAGACAAGAGGCCAUCAACGCAGACCACAACUGCACCGAAAACAAUGGCCGGGUUCAUUAUUGACGAUGAAGACGAUGAGGAUGGCUUUGAGGCUCUAAAAGAAAUGGAAACGACAGAUGUUUCUCGACCCAAAGACCAGGAACUGCAGCAUAAAUUGCACGACCAUCCUACCCAAAUAACCCCACCAAGUGAACCUGCCCGACCUGCCCCAUUUGGCAGGUUCGAACAACGUCGGGACGCCCAUAAACCUCAAACUACGCCAUCAUUCUUACCCAAACUUCCAUCGUUGUCGUCCAGAACUACCAUACCAAUACGAACAUGCUCUGGAAAGACGUACACGACGUUCCGCAAAGCUGCCACAAACCCAACGUCUUUCCAAGACAUGGCUGCAGCAAGAUCAACUACAGCGCCAGGUCGCGCAAAGAAGAGUUACUAUGGCAUCGACGUACAUCGGUUGAUUGAUGAAAAUACAGAAGAAGAUAAGAGGUCUGCACAAGAGUCAGCAGCGGCGGAAAAUAGCUCAGCGCGACCCUCGGUAGAGACGUCUCUUCCGCAACCUUCAACCGACAAAAGAGGCAGGACGAUGAUGUGGACCGAAAAAUACCGCGCAAAGAAAUUCACAGAACUUGUGGGAGACGAGAGAACACACCGGUCAGUGCUGUGGUGGUUAAAAAAAUGGGACCCGAUUGUCUUUCCGGGCUCAGCACGGCAUAAGCCUAUGUCAGCGAAAAUGCAAGCUGCCGCGGAGGAACGUUCUCAUCGGAAAAUUCUGAUGUUGACAGGCCCUCCAGGGCUGGGUAAAACUACCUUGGCCCAUGUCUGCGCGAGACAAGCUGGGUAUGAGGUUCUGGAAAUCAAUGCCAGCGACGACCGCAGUCGAGAUGUGGUCCGGGGAAGAAUUCGGGACAGCGUUGGCACGGAGAACGUGAAAGGGGUUGACGUGAAGACCGCAUCAGGAAAGGAGCGGCGAGCAGGCCGCCCAGUCUGCGUAGUGGUGGAUGAGGUGGACGGAGUUGUUGGCGGAAGCAGCGGCAGUGGAGGUGAGGGUGGUUUUGUCAAAGCUUUAAUUGACCUGGUUCUUCUUGACCAGAAAAAUAGCAACUCACUGGACCAAUCGAGCUCCUCCGCGAAUGGAAAAAAGAAAAAAGGAGACAGCUUCCGUCUGAUGAGACCCCUUAUACUCAUCUGCAAUGAUGUGUAUCAUCCAUCUCUACGCCCAUUACGACAGUCAAGCCUAGCUGAGAUUAUCCAUGUGCGCAAACCUCCUAUCAAUAUGGUCAUUCCUCGAGUGAAAACUAUAUUUGAGAAGGAAGGAUUCCCAUGUGACAGCGAUGCAGUUCGCCGACUGUGCGAAGCUACGUGGGGACUCAGGAGUAGAAGAGAAGGCGGAGGACCUAAUGACAGUGGCAGUGGUGAAGGCGAUUUACGUGGUGUUCUGGUGGUUGCAGAAUGGAUCGCUCGAAAGCUCAAGUCUACAGCCGAUCCUACACUGGUAGAGCCAAUGCGCCUGACAAAGAAGUGGGUAGAGCGACAUGUCAUCAACGAUCUUUCACAUGGCGGUGGCAGCGCUCGGGGUCUCGGUCGGGGCGGGGCUAGAGAAGUUGUCGAACGAGUAUUCCUCGAAGGUGCAGGGUUUCCAAAGCCUAUUGAUCCAGGCCACCCGAAGGAAGCCAAAUCAGCACCUGGUGGGAAAGUAGGAGUGGCAGAAGUGGGCAAACGAUACGCCAUGGAGCGAUUGCGCGAUAUGAUUGAUGCAAGCGGCGAAUACGACCGCGUCAUGACUGAGUGUUUCUCUGGUUACCCAACUCACCGCUUCCAGGACGACACCUUCCUUUCUAAGCCAAAUUCAGCUUAUGAUUGGCUACAAUUUCACGAUAUCAUGUCUUCCAAAGUAUAUACUAGCCAAGAAUGGGAGUUGAAUCCGUACUUGAGCCAGUCGGCGCUUGCAUUUCACUAUCUUUUUGCCUCUCCCUUGCGAGACCAGUCCUGGGCAGACUCAAGCUACGAGCGUGGGGCACGUGGAGGUGACGAUGAAUUGGUCGAACCUACUCCGUUCACCGGCCUUCGCGCGGACUUUGAAGCGUACGAAGCAGAGAAGCACAACCGCUCCGUCUUGCUAUCACUCCAAUCGGCACUCUCCCUGCCUCUUUUACGUUCAUUCCGGUCUCCGGAGUCAAUAUCUUCCGAGUUGCUUCCUUACUUAAUGCAGCUACUAACUCCGGACGUCAAGCCAGUAGUGGUCGGCGGCAGCGGCGACCAAAAGAGCGUAGCCUCCGUUCGCAAACAGAGUGAAAAGGAUAUGGUUGACCGGGCAGUCGAAGUAAUGGGCGGAGUAGGUGUUACAUUUCACCGAAGUAGAGUUGAGACUGAACAGGGCGGUCAUGGAGGGUUCAUUUAUCGAAUGGAGCCGCCAAUCGAUGCCCUUUGCUCUUUUGAGACAGCCUCUAGUUCGCUGCUUACUUCUGUCCCAACACGCUAUGCUGUCCGGCAAGUCCUUGAGCAAGAAUAUCAGAAAUACUUGGUCCGUCAAAACGCCGCGGCUCGACAAGCGCGAUACAAACGCGGUGGCCAUGACGACGACGAAGAACUUCCUUCAGAGUCGAAAUCCAAAUCCACCAAACAUGCAAAAGACAAGUCCGCGGCUUUACUCAGCGAAGCUAUCCAGAAUACAAAAGAACUCAAACGGGACUUUUUCGGCCGGAUCAUCAACGAAGCGAGGAAGCACACAGGCGCUCUUGCUCCUGGUCUGAAAGGAAUUGCUACCGAUGGGGAAGAUGAAGAGAAUGCUUCAGGCACAGGUGCAGAGAAUAGAAAGAAACGACGCAAGUCUAAGCAUUCCGGAGAAGACGGUUCGCCUGCAGUUGCGGAAACACAGGAGAAUAAAGUGUGGGUUAGUUUUCAUGAAGGGUUCUCAAAUGCGGUCAGAAAGCCAGUUACCCUGGCGGAUUUGCUCAGUGAGUUAUAGAUGGUAGUUCAGUGCGGGCUAUAUCGCAUAUAUAAAAUUUAAUAGAUUUGCGGAGACCUAUUCAUUUUAAAUAUUCGCCUACUGGCAUUACAUUUGUUCCUGCGUUGUAUGACCAGUCGCAGAUACGGCGGUGAACAUAGACAUAGCAGUUGCAAAAUAUGGG